ACUGCUGUACGGGAUAGCCUGGGAAGUGCGAGAAGACUAGAGUUACCCUGUCGAGGAGCGCUUCGGUUUUUCAGGGAGAUAUUUCCCACAAGUUUGCGAGGGGUUCGACACAGGAUGGAAAAGCCAUUACGUUGAGCUCGCGUCUGGAAACACUGGAGCAAGUUCGUCCCGCGUCUGAUCUGCAGCCUCCAGCGGGAUUAUUCACAACACCAAACCUCUCUCUCUCUCAUCGACGCAAACGACUGCGUGUUUGCAGUAAAUAUGCGUCAAUGCGUCGGCCUGUUAACGAAUAGCAUUUAGAAGACGUUUCGUUUGGGGCAAGGAGGCGUUUGGGAGCUUUUCAAGAUAAACAGUUUUCGGAGGUUUUCUGCUCUCUGUUGUGUACAGUUACUCAUGUAGCAGUUUCACAUCGAUCUCGGGGUCUCUUAUACUAAGAGACACAGUUUCAACAGCACGCUGUGUUGCAACAACUGGCGCAGGAUUUUAACAUCUGAAGAAUGUAGUUCAUUCCCCGUGGACAGCGCGUGCUUCUGCUGAACUGAUUUAUAUAAACACACCGAAAAGAUCAGCGUACCUCAUCAAGUGUGAAAUCGCACCUCUUGCUUCCGUUUUAUUGUUUUUUGAAUAGUGUUUUUAAAAAUUGUAACCUGCUAUUUUCCCGUUGCAUAUAACAUUUCGAGUCUUUUUUUGCUGCGACUAGAAGGAAGCAUUCACUUUUGGAUAUUAUUUGCUUUUAUUGCACGAUGUACGAGAGUGUGGACGUUGUUGGGCUGACCCCUAGUCCGACCCCGUUUUUAAGCAUGGAUUACUACCACCAGAGCCGUGGCUGUCUGAUCCCGGAGAAAGGCCUCGUGUCGGGAGCGGCGCGCGGCUUCAGGAUCCCGCACUGGAGCGGCUCCAAUCACUCUGUGGAGACUCAGAGCACAAGCUCAGAGGAGAUCGUACCCAGCCCACCUUCUCCACCUCCUCCACCACGGGUCUACAAGCCCUGUUUCGUCUGCCAGGACAAGUCCUCGGGCUACCAUUAUGGAGUUAGUGCUUGUGAAGGGUGCAAGGGCUUUUUCCGAAGGAGCAUUCAGAAGAACAUGCUGUACACCUGCCACAGAGAGAAGAGCUGUAUCAUCAACAAGGUCACCCGAAACCGCUGCCAGUACUGCCGGCUGCAGAAGUGCCUGGAAGUGGGCAUGUCUAAAGAAUCUGUUCGGAACGACCGGAACAAGAGGAAGAAGGAAGAGAAGAAGCAGGAGUGUUCGGAGAGUUACGUGUUAAGUCCUGAUACGGUGCAGAUGAUCGAGCGGGUCAGGAAGGCCCAUCAGGAAACCUUCCCCUCUCUGUGCCAGCUGGGCAAAUACACCACCAACAACAGUGCAGACCACAGGGUCGCUCUGGAUGUUGACCUGUGGGACAAGUUCAGUGAACUCUCCACCAAAUGCAUAAUUAAGACGGUGGAGUUCGCCAAGCAGCUGCCGGGCUUCACCACACUCACUAUCGCAGAUCAGAUCACCCUGUUAAAGGCCGCCUGUCUCGACAUCCUGAUUCUGCGAAUAUGUACACGCUACACACCGGAUCAGGACACCAUGACGUUUUCAGACGGUCUGACACUGAACCGCACGCAGAUGCACAACGCCGGCUUCGGUCCACUGACGGAUCUGGUUUUCGCUUUCGCCAACCAGCUCCUGCCUCUGGAGAUGGAUGAUGCAGAGACGGGGCUCCUCAGCGCCAUCUGUCUGCUGUGUGGAGACCGACAGGAUCUGGAGCAGUCGGAUAAGGUGGAUGUGCUUCAGGAGCCACUGCUGGAGGCCCUAAAGAUCUACGUGAGAAAGAGGAGGCCUCAUAAACCACACAUGUUCCCCAAGAUGCUGAUGAAGAUCACAGACCUGAGGAGCAUCAGCGCUAAAGGAGCCGAACGAGUAAUAACGCUGAAAAUGGAGAUUCCCGGCUCCAUGCCUCCACUCAUUCAGGAGAUGCUGGAGAAUUCGGAGGGUCUGGAGGGCGGCGGCGGGGCGAGAGGAGGAGGAAAAGGAGCGCCACCAGGAAGCUGCAGCCCCAGUUUGUCUCCGAGCUCAACACACAGCAGCCCCUCAGCUCACUCCCCCUGAGUAUCACCUCCAGACAGGGGCUCCGUACAGAACAAACUGGUUCCAAACCAGAAAUAAGCCACAGCCGACCCGCGCUAGAAACCAGAAUUCCGGUAGACUUUGAUCUGGGAUGACCGGACCCGAACAGUUAAUCUGGCCGGCUUUUAUUAGCUGAAGACCAAUGGAGUUCUACACAGGCCGUGCCUGCUCAAAACUCACACUGUCAAUAAAAGCAGCAGUGAUUCAGUGACUAGCAGAGUCCUGCAGCUGUCCACAUGGCUGUGAUCUGUGGAGACGGCAGAACAAACGCCCUGUGUGUGCAGAAGCGGCUCUUUUCUGUGUCUUCCCAGCUCUGCUCCAAUCACACAAACUGUGAAGGCCCAGAUAAAGCUCUCUUUCUCUUGAGCCUGUGACUUUAUUUUAUACAUUUCAAUCCCUUAAGAGCAAGCUAAUGGACAUUUAGGACGUCAAAUGUCCGCAAGUCAGGGACAUUUUGAACUUUCCAGCCGUUUUGGUUCGGUUUCUUUUGUUUUCUUACAAAAAGAUAUAUGAAUAUAUGAAAUCUAUAUUGACAGAAAAAUGAGAUUUGAAUCUUGUGUCUUAGGUGGAAUGCAGAACAGUUCUUAUCUUCUCUCUCACUUUUCUCUCGAGCGUUAAACACGUUUAUGGUCGACCCACUGUCAUACACAAGGGAACUGAAAAUCACACUAGCACUGAAAAUCAUCCGAUGGGGAUAAAACGCAAUUUUGUUCAUGAUUUGGAGACUUCUUCACAAUGAUCAACUUGGCAGUUGUGGCAAAGAAAUGAAGGAUCUCAUGUCAACAGCUUGUGAUUAUGACGGUGUGUAUGAGAUCUCAGAGUGGUAAAUGCCUUUGUGUAGCUUUUUAAUAUUGUUUCUUAAUUUACUCUUAAUUUUUGUAAUUGUCAGCUGUCGAAAGACAGAGAUGACCUCUACACAGUAUUAGCAGAUUUCAAAAUAAAAAAGAGAUUUCCAAACAUAA